AUGGAACCUUCCGAGCUGGCAAUUGCUGCUCUCAACGAAGUCAAAGACACGCAGUCCGCGAGUCAUCGUCGCGAUCCUGCGGGUAAAAUCGCGACAUCCGCAUUCAGUAUAAACGCGACGACGACGACGACGACGGGUAUCGACAUGGAGGCUUCGGUGGCUGGCAAUGCCAUUGUCAACAGCAACUCCACCGCAUCUAAGCCGCCACAACGACGACCGCUAAUAGGAAACGAUGGGAUGCAGUCUGCAGGCGCAGAAGGAGAAAGACGGGAAUAUCAAAACAACGCGACGCUCGGGAUGCAAUCAACGUCAAGCGACAACGACAACUCGCAAUCUACAAUUGAUGCUCACGACGUGGCCACACCGCCCACCACUGCUUCGGAGGGACUCUCUUCGCAAGGCACAAACCAGGAUGGACCUCUGUCCCAGUUAUCGCAGCUCUCACAGCUCGCUGCAGCGCAGCAACCAUUGACGAAUCCGUCCGCAACCCAAUCGAAUCCUACGAUUGCUCCGGCUGCUGGCCAUAAGAGAACGGCCGAUGGCCAAGUAAAGCCUGUUAUCCCUGAAUCGCCAAAUAGCCCUCUUAUCCGCGGCCAUUCUAGAAAUGCCAGCGCAAUUAGUAACCUGUCUACAACCAGCGGUAGAAUUGGCGAGAUAUCUGCCGAGCUGCGGACGCGUCUUUCCUAUGCUAUGGUCAAAGUCAAUAAUGGAUGGCAAUCAAAUUCAAUUGACGAGGUGGAAUCGUUGGCAUCUCAAGCAGGAUCUCCAACAUCAUCGACGUCGACGUUACACGGUCGGCGCAACCUAAUCACAUCACCGCGGACCGCCAUUGCGAGCCUCCAAACACAAUCCAGCAGCUUGUCCACGAGUUCAUCGUCCCAGACGCCAAUAGCGGACUUUGACCUGUACACCGCAUCUGGACAGCCGUCCCGGACGUACGAAUCCUUCUGGCGCGAACAUCCGACAACAAACCCUCCACCAAAUCGAUACCCAUCACAUCAGUUAGCCAACUCUCCCCCACCACCAAGAUCCCUUGCACCUCCCGCGGACAUCCGACCAAACUCGUCGUCGCGACGAUCUGGCAAUUCCAAGUUCUCCAAGCCCCCUUCCAUGCCCAACCAGGCGUCGAAUUCCUCGCUGCGCUCCUCUACCCCGCGGACGCCUAACCGAGGGGAAUACAGAGAUAACCCAGCAAUGCGCACCCCAACGCAAAAAACAAUUCAAGAACAGGACGCCAUCGAAACACUAUUAUUCAUGAGUAGUCCCGGCAACUCAGGAAAUAUGGCACAUGCCUUUCCCCCGCGAAGCCAAGCGUCGCCGCAAGAGAGCCCCCUUCGAGCUGAGUUCAAUAUGCAACCCAGAGCAGCACAAGGCAAGAAAGUCGGGUUCGAUGUAGCGGCAACCAGCGGAAGUACUGAAAGCAGUGAAGCUGGCGGCGGUGGCGCCGAGUAUAGGAGGGCUCACAUGAGUGGUGGAAACAUGAGACGUAGAGAAGAGGCCAUUGAUCGCAUGUUGGAGGAGAUGGAUGGGUCGAGUAGCGAUGAGGAGCAGGUCGUGUUGAAGUAUUCCAGUCCCAGGACGUCGCUGGCUGCUGGGAGAUAA